AUGCCUCCAAAGAGGAAAAAUGAUGCUGUGCUUAAGGUGGAAGACGUUGGGAUGGAGGUUGAUGCUGUGAUAGACAGUGGAAGUGAAGAUGAAGCCAGGAGGAGAAGUAAAAACAGAAGAGUCAAGCCACAACGUAGAGCCAAACGGGUCAGUGAUGAUGAAGAAGAUGAGGAGGAUGAGGACGAAGCACCACGGAAAAGAGGGCGAAAGAAGAGGGCUAAGCCCCGAGACAGUGACGAAGACAACGAGGAAGACAACCGGAGUGUGAAAAGCAGAGGAUCAAAAGCGUCCAGGAGGAGAGCUGCCAAGGAGGACAGCGAUGAAGACAGCGAAGACAACCAGGAGAAAAGGAAAAAAGGAGGGAGAGCAGUGUCCAAAAAGGAGAAGGAGGAGCAGAAUAAGGAGAAGAAGGGAAAUGUUAAAGGGAAAGAAGGGAAGGACAAAGAUGAUGAGAAGGGCAAGAAAAAGAAGAAUGGGAAGUUGAGCAGCUCCUCUUCUUCCUCCGAGUCUGAUGAAGAAUCGAUGUCGGAGGGAGAGAUCGCAGCCCUGAAGGAACAGGUAGAGGAGAAGAAGAAGCUGAUCGCUACGUUAAGAAACAAACCCUGGCGGAUGAAGAGGAGACUCAUAGUGCUCAAGGAGGCCCAGGAGUUUGUUGAAGAGUUUGAAGGAGCUCUUGGGAAAGGAAGAGGCAGGAAGCUGUAUGCGUUCAAAGUCAUGCUGACAAAGAAACUUAUCAAGUUUAAACGUGACUUUGAGAACUUCAAAACAGCCUGUAUACCCUGGGAGAGAAAGAUAAAGGAAGUAGAAAGUCACUUUGGGUCCUCUGUGGCAUCCUUCUUUAUUUUUCUGAGGUGGAUGUAUGGUCUGAAUCUGGUCCUUUUUGGGUUCAUGUUUGGCCUGGUGGUGCUUCCUGAGGUCCUUAUGGGUCUUCCCUAUGGCUCCAUUCCCAGGAAGACUGUCCCCCGAGACGAGCAGGCGACAGCCAUGGACUUCUCUGUGCUCUUCGACUUUGGUGGAUACUGCAAGUACUCCUUUUUGUUCUAUGGCUACUACAACAAUGAGCGAACGAUUGGACUGCUGCAGUUCAAACUCCCUCUGUCAUACCUGCUUGUGGGUGUUGGCAUCUUUGGAUACAGCCUGAUGGUUGUCAUUAGAACGAUGGCUCGUAACUCAAAUGAAGGAGGAGAUGGGGCGGAGGAGGGAGAGUUCACCUUCAGCUGGAAGAUGUUCACCAGCUGGGACUUCCUCAUAGGAAACCCUGAGACUGCAGACAAUAAGUACGCCUCAAUUACCACCAGCUUCAAGGAAUCCAUUGUGGAUGAACAGGAGAACCAGAAAGAUGAGAACAUCCAUCUUCGACGGUUCCUCAGGGUUCUUGCGAACUUUCUGAUCCUGUGCUGCCUUGGAGGCAGUGGAUACCUCAUCUACUUUGUGGUGAAACGUUCUCAGGAGUUUGCUGAGAUGAAGAAAGAAGAUCUCUCGUGGUUUGAAAAGAAUGAGGUGGAGUUUGUGAUGUCUCUGCUGGGCCUGGUGUGUCCUCCUCUGUUUGAAACAAUUGCAGAGUUGGAAGAUUAUCACCCUCGAAUUGCCCUUAAGUGGCAGCUGGGUCGAAUCUUUGCCCUCUUCCUGGGAAACCUUUACACCUUCCUCUUUGCCCUGUUUGAUGAGGUUACUGCCAAGUUGGAGAGGGAGAAGUCAAUCAAGAAUGCCACCGAAUGGUCUUUGAAUCAGUAUUAUGCCAACUACACCUACCACUUCAACACGACAGAUGUGCCUCCUCCAGCUGUGAACCCAGCCGAUGUCGUCAGAGGACCCUGCUGGGAAACUGGAGUGGGAAUAGAAUUUGUGAAGCUGAUCGUGUCAGACAUGCAGGUGACCUAUCUGACAAUCCUGAUUGGUGACUUUCUGCGAGCUCUCAUUGUUCGCUUCCUCAACUACUGCUGGUGCUGGGACCUGGAGGCUGGAUUCCCUUCAUAUGGAGAGUUUGACAUCAGUGGAAAUGUGCUGGGGCUUGUCUUCAAUCAAGGAAUGAUAUGGAUGGGAGCUUUUUAUGCUCCGGGUCUGGUGGGUCUGAACGUUUUGCGUCUCCUGUGCUCGAUGUACUAUCAGUGCUGGGCAGUAAUGUCCUGUAAUGUUCCUCAUGAGCGAGUCUUCAAAGCCUCACGUUCCAACAACUUCUACAUGGGCCUGCUGCUACUCGUGCUGUUCCUCAGCCUGCUUCCAGUCGUCUACACUAUCAUGACCUUGCCCCCUUCUUUCGAUUGUGGGCCGUUCAGUGGUCAAGAGAAGAUGUAUGACGUGGUAAUAGAAACUAUAGAACAGGAUCUACCAUCCUUCAUAGGGAACAUUUUUACUUAUGCCACCAACCCUGGACUCAUCAUGCCUGCUGUCCUCCUCAUGGUGUUGGCCAUCUACUACCUGAAUGCAGUGUCAAAAGGAUACCAACAAGCCAACGCCGACCUUAAAAGGAAGAUGCAAAUGGCUCGAGAUGAGGAGAAGAACCGCAGGAACAACAAGGACAGCACUAAUCAAGUGAUGAAAGACUUGGAGGACUUGCUGCCAAACAAGUCUCUAAUACCGCCUCCCACUGAGGAAGAGCCACCCCCACCUGAUGUCGUAAUUGAGAAGGGCAGCAAGUCUCCCAAAACGAAGCCAGGUGCAGCAGGGAAAGGGGUUAAUCUGCAAAAGGAUGUGUCACUGGCUGCCCCAAACCCCAGAGGGCCAGUGACCCGUGCCCCAGGGCCAAGAGGGGGGCCUCCUGGAAAUGCCAGGGGGCCUCAACCUGGGCCGGGCAGAGGAAGAGGUCGGGGUGGGCCUCCAAGGCAUUAA